AUUCAGGGUUGCGCCCGUCGAUGUGAACAUGGAGGAGGAGUUGGCAACCUACCGAGGCCUCCCUUUCUCCUCCCAGCGCUGCGCUGAGCUGGAAUCAAUAAAAACGCACUGUUGACCCAGCACCCCUGUCAAAAGAGCAUCAAUCAUCCAUCAUUAUUAUUGAAUAAAUCGGAGCUAGACAUCUCCUGAACUACUCGUACAUCGUACAUGCGCUCACACCACGACUACGACUACUGCGGUUGUGGAACAGCGAGCUCCAGGGUGCAUCCAUCCUGCGCUUCCGCACUGGACUACUACAGCACACCAGAUAUCGACAUUGGAACAAAGUCUCUGCACCAUCUACUGUGAUCGCAGAAUCGCUUCGCAUCGCCUCGCCUCAGCUGUACACCGCAGCUCCUGAGCUCCUCUUGAAUCGCGCCAUCUGGGCAACCCGGAUUCGAGUUCCACGGGCCGACCACGACUGGCAUCCAUUCCCCUUCCCCUCCCCCCCCCGAUACACCACCACGCCGAGAGAGAUAAGAACAUGUCCGCUGAAAGCACGACGUUCAAUGUGUCGGACACACCACUGCCACCAUCUCCCCAGCACGAUCCCUUGAACCCACAGCAAUGGAGCAUCCUGUUUGCCAUUGCCGAUGCUGUAGUACCGGCUUUGACCCGCACUGACGAUGGCGACCAUCACUUGCUCCAACAUCCUCUGCGAGUCCAUGUCUACGAUGCUGCCGUCAAGCGUAUCCGGGACCUGGCGAGACACGAGUCCGAUGAAACGGCGCUUGCUUACCUCAGCGAAAGCGCCUCCAACCACCCCAUGUUCAAGGAGAGCAUUGCCAGGCUGGUAGUAUUCUAUAUGAGGGAGGAAGCCAGGAAUGGGCUAUUAUUCAUUCUGACUGCAUUGAACACACGAGCCGGCUCGCUCCUACUCACGGGCCACACGACACCUUUGACAGGACUGACAGUACGCGAACGCGAAAAGGUCUUUUUGGGAUGGGCCCAAUCUCGCAUACCACUGCUUCGAGGCUUGCACAAGUCUUUGACGCAGCUAUGCCGUGUGAUAUGGCUGCGAAACUCACCGAAUCUCGAAGCUAUACUGGGCUAUCCAAGGGCACCGAUUUACGCCAAAGCUGCACCCUCUGGAUACAGCUUCCACUUUCUGCAGAUCCCGCCACCUGUCUCUGCUGAGCCCAAAGUCAUCGAGACAGAUGUACUCAUUGUAGGAAGUGGCUGUGGUGGCGCAGUCGCUGCAAAGACAUUGGCAGAAGCCGGUCUGAAAGUGCUUGUCGUAGAGAAGCAGUACUAUUGGUCACCAGAGCAUUUCCCCAUGGGGGAACGUGAAGCGACCACCCAUCUCUUCGACAACGGGGGUGCAAUCAUCUCGGAUGAUGCGAGCAUGACUGUCGUGGCAGGCACGACCUGGGGAGGUGGAGGCACAGUCAACUGGAGUGCCUCAUUGCAGCCACAAGGCUUUGUGCGGAGGGAAUGGGCCCAAAAAUUUGGCCUGACUCACUUUACUACAUCAGCUUUUCAGGCAGAUCUGGACUUUGUUUGUGAUCGGAUGGGCGUAAGUACCACUAACAUCACUCAUAACAAAGGCAAUAUAGUACUUCUGGAAGGAGCCAGGAAGCUCGGCUGGGCUGCGAAAGCUGUCGCGCAAAAUACCGGCGGCGAAGUCCAUCAUGAUGGAUUCUGCACCAGAGGAUGUCGCACCUGCUCCAAGAAAGGACCUACAGUCACAUUCCUGCCCGACGCAGCAGAUGCCGGUGCAACUUUCAUGGAAGGUUUCGAGGUCACUAAAAUUCUCUUCGAUGAGAAGAACACCACUGUAGCGACGGGCGUCAAGGGUAUUUGGACUUCGCGUGAUAGCAUGAGCGGUGUCUCUGGGACAGACCGGACCACUCGCGAAGUGAUCAUCAAAGCCAAGCGUACCAUCAUCUCGGCUGGUUCUGUAUACUCACCACUCUUGCUGCAGCGGUCAGGCUUGAAGAACAAGCACAUAGGUCGUCACCUCCGUCUGCAUCCUGUCAACAUGGUUGCAGCAGUCUGGGAUGAAGAUGUCCGGCCGUGGGAGGGAGCAAUUCUCACGUCCGUCGUAAACGAAUUCGAGAACAUGGAUGGCGACGGGUACGGCACCAAGCUCGAAUGUACGACCAUGCUUCCCAGCUCCUUUCUUCCGCUCUUCGACUGGCAAGGUGGCCUCAGCUUCAAGGAGUUCACAGCCAAAAUGCGUCGCAUGACAGGCUACAUCGCGCUGGCUCGCGACCGAUAUGGCGGGCGUGUCUAUACCGACGCCAAAGACGGGAGUUGCCGAAUCCAAUACACGCCCAGCAAAUACGACCAAAAGCACAUUCUCGAGGGAGUUGUCCGACUCGCCGAAAUCAUGUAUGUGGAAGGUGCUCGAGAGAUCCACAUUGCAGCACCUGGAAUUCCACCCUUUGUCCGACCGGCCUCGGACACCGACUCGAAAAUUUUCAUCCACACCAACGCGAGCCCUUCGGUCACGGAUGUCGAUUUCGCGGCCUGGAUCGCCCAAGUCCGAGCGAACGCCUUUCCUUCGCCCGGCACGGGCUUCUUCUCGGCGCACCAGAUGGGCUCGUGCAGAAUGGGUACGGCUCCGCACAAUAGUGUGGUGGAUCAUCGAGGUCGCGUGUGGGACACGCAAGGGUUGUACGUCGCCGAUGCGUCGGUCUUCCCUUCUGCGAGUGGCGUGAACCCGAUGAUUACCAAUAUGGGCAUUGCGAGGGGAAUUGCCAGGGGGAUUGCAGAGGAGGCCGAUCAGCUUACUUUGGCGAGUUCCAAGGCUGACAAUCAUAAUACGGGUGUCAAGGCGAGGCUGUAGUGGAUGGGAAGGAAGGAAGGAAGGAGAGUGAGAGUCGUGGGGAAAAAAAAGAAAAAAAAAAGAAAAAAUCCGAUGCGAACUUCUCGCACUUGUCAGGAUGAGAGCGUUGUAUAGUGUACAGAUGUGUAUAUGUCUAUCAAAAAGUUGCUGCCAAAGCUCAGCACAGCUUAUGUUCAGCAUCCAUCUCAGAUACCGAUCGAUUACCCCCACCACCACCUCAUCAUCCACUCUGUACAGCUCUCUCAGCUCUCUCCAACGGACUGCCGACAGGACGAUCGCGGUUAAAAUCGUCUCGACUGAGAUAGCCCUCUUGCCGCAACAAGCCGGUCGAAUGCACAAAAUCCCAAAACUGCCUCUCGCCAGUUUUGGAAAUCCUUCCCUGCUGAUCCCUCAUGUCAAUCGUCGCAGCAUCCACCAGAUUCCUCAUCUUGUCCCACAUAUGUCGUGCUGCAUACACUCGCGCCACACUCUCCAAAGCCUUCCAGCCCGGUUUCUUGGACGACGCGCGAGACAGGGUGAGAAAUUUCUCCAUGGGUUGGACGCCGACGAGAUGGUGAUAUCGCGCGUACCAUUCGAUCAUUCUGUCGUAGAAGAUGCCGUCGAUUCCAGUGAGCAAUUCACUGUGGGUGAUUUGUUGCCACAGAGCUUCGAUGGCGGCGAAGUCGGGUUGUAGAUGUUCUCGGUCGAAAUAGGAUCCCAUGAGGAUUGUGUAGAUGUGCGUGGUGGGUUUGAGGCCACGUGAGAGCAUGUGUGAGUAGACUGCAGCUGCUGCAGUGUGAUUUUGGUAGUGUUUGAUUAGACGGUCGAUAAUGAGGGCGUAGCCCAUUGAGUUGAUUCCGGGAAGCUUUUCGGAUUUGUCGGAGAGGGCGUCGAUGAAGUUGAGGAUUUUGGUUUGUUGAGCGGAUGGGGAAAGACCUUCCAGGAAUCCUCCUUCGAAGAGAGAAGUGACGAUGACAGUCCAGGUUGUGGAGUCGGCUUCUAAGCCACGCCCUUGCAUUUGUUGGAGCACUUCGAGGGCAUCUGUGGGCCGAUGCUGUUUCAUGGAUAUGCUGAGGAGAGUGUUGAAAGUGGCAAGAUUUGGCUCGAUGCCGAAAGAGCGGCCCCAGCUGAAGACUUUGGGCACUUCAUCCGGUCUUGUGGUGGCCAGAGCUGCCAUUGCAGCAUUCAUGACCUCCAAGUUUGGCCGAGGUACGCCGUCAACAGGUCCAGGAUACCUCUUCAUCAGCUCAGAAACCAUAUUCUUGUUCGACGCCAUCCAAUUCGUAUCUGCUGGGAGCCCUUCUGACACCGCUUUUGCUUUGGCUGCAGCGAACCACUCCUGGCCCAUUUCACUCAAUGCUCGCAUGCCAGUACUGACAUUUCUAAGCUUAAGAAGGCCGAAUAUGCGAAUGGACCAGGAGUAAGCGUCCGGCCGAAGUCCAGCCUGACGCAUCCUUUGAAAGAAGGCUUCCAUGCCUUUCACGUCUCGUGCAUUCUGCGAGCCACGCAUCAUGACCGUGUACGUUUUGACAGUGGGCUCGAGACCUAGCUGAGCCAUGUUCUGCCAGACCUCGACAGCAGUUUUGGUAUCGCGUACAGACAGAGUGGCAAGCAGCAUAUGUUCGUAUAGGUCGAUUGGCAAAACUUCGCCAUGGCUUAGUGUGGAUGCGUAUUCCUGCACCUCUCGCACAAUUUUGGCUACUUGUGCCACUCCCUGGCCUUCCAUGGCCUUCAGGAGUCUGUAGAUCUUUUCUCCGGCGUAUGAUUCGACUGCAGGCCUCUCGGCCGCUUUCACUUCCGGCGAUAGCUGUUCAGUGUCAUCAAAGCUCGUGGGAUUCUCAACACGGGCAGGUAUCCCCACGCGGACAGAUGGUGGGCUCCUGGCUGGAGUUUGGGAACUGCGUGCAACGCUGGUAACGUUGGCUGAAUAGCCUUCGCACCCGACGCGUGCAAGCAUAGCUUUUAGCUGUUCCAGUCCGAGUUCAUCGGCCUUUAGAGUGAGCUUGAGCUCCAGUUCUGGGGGAACACGCGGCGACGCAGCGAUGCCGAGCAUUUCUGCGAUGAUUUCAGCAAAUGGAGCAUAUCGUGCAAGAGUGGCCAUGGGCACAUUCUGUCCAUCUUCGGACGGCUGUACAGUCUUGUUCAACAGAUCCACAGUGAGAAGUGCAGCGCUGGCAUAGUCACCACGAGCUGGAAAGCCUUGCUUUACAUCGGUCGGAGGAACCAAUAGGCCGAGCAUUUGCUCAAAGGCAGUGCUCGAAUCGCGCUCAUGCAGAGACGUAAACGCUGCGACAGCUGGGAGGAAGCUCCAGUCUUCCUCUGAUGUUGCCACAGAGGCGAACGCGCGGGCUUUCGCCUCGCGAACAUCGCCUAGUGAUUUAUUGGAAAGGCUACCGCCUAUACAUAACCUCCAUAUGCCCAUAAGCUCAUUUACACCGUUGGAGAGACGCUGAUCAUGAAUGUCCGCACGACGACCAGCCUGGUAAGUCCAGAGAUAAUCAGACAGCCUCGACAGCACCGGGCGGACGUACAGUGUCUUGGAAACGUAUGCCUGGUGGAGAAGCAGCAUGAUACGGUAUGGUGUUGGCAUAGCAGAAUCAACGUCUCCUGUUCGAAUGCUAUCCAUCAGAUUGAUGAUGGAUCGAUGCAGCAAGAUCGAAACGAUCCUCGACACACCCGAAAUGUUCAGGAAGCGCGCUGCAUGGCGAGGGUUACCCUCAGAAUAUAUCCGUGCCAAUUUCUGCAGGACUCGCCAUGUCGAUGGCCAAUCUUCAGCUGUGGAGUACCCGGACAGCUCAUUCACAACGUUCAUGACAUGCGUUGGUAUAGCGAACGCAUUAUCGUUGGCAUGGUCGUCGGUCUGAUGUGGCCGUUGCGGCGCUGGACGAUUCGCGCGUUGCGUUGAUCCGGUUCCCACAAGUCGUGAUCGAGGUGGUUCUGGUGGAGCGUGAUGGAACGGAGUGUACGGCUGCUCCGGCCUCAGCUCCCGCCCCGAGUAUCGUCCUCUGACAGUAUAGCCGAUGCCACUGCCACUGCCAUCGCCGUCGCCAAUCCCAUUGUGAUCACCAUCGCCAUCCUCCCGUGUGCCAUUGGACGCGAUUGCUUGCGAAAGCGUUCGUAAGUGGCGCGCGGUCCCGCGUACAGUUCUGGUCAGCGGUGCGAGGCGGCAAGCGCUGCAGAUAUAUGGCACCGACAUGUCUUCG